AUGUCGGCCACACCAAGCCGACGGCCCUCAGCGUUAUCUCAGCCACAAUCAGCACAAUCACGCAGACGAAACGCAACCCACACAGAGGCGAUACCCCUUCCAGAAUAUGAGCCUCCUGUGGCCCCUCUCACAGUCGAAAGCCAGCGCCAAAUCGCCGCCCUCCUUUCAUCACAGCACCUCCGCACCCUCCGCACCCACCUCCAACAUGCCGCUGAGAAACUCACACACUCAGGCGGGGAAGUAAACGAGCGGCUUAGUGAUGCCAGGACCCGAUAUGAGAAAAUGAAGGAAGCGCGCCGGCGUCAAGGCGACGAGAAUGUCGAUGAUGACGAAUCCAAUGAGGAGUACCAGCGGCUUGCUGAGGAAGAGAUUCGGGUCAACGCUAUCACUGCGAAGAUGGAGGAGAAGACUCGACUGAUUGUCGAUUCAGAAAUAAAGCUCCAGGGGUUGACGGAUGCGAUGAGUCAAAUUGAAAGGGAGGAGGGCGAGACUGUCGCUGCUGCUUUGGGAGUGCGACAGACCCGUCAACAACGAGCGAGGCAGAGAGCCAAUGCUGCCGAUGAUGAUGAUGAUGAUGGGCCUGAGGAUCCCGCCGAUGGUGAUUAUGAAGAUGAGCAGGAGAUAGAGAUGCGGGAGCGCAAUGCCGAGAACCCGCCUAGUCGCAAGCUGGUCGAUAAGUUGACGGAGGGCCUUCAGAAAUGGGAUGAGCUUUCAUUAACAGAGAGAUAUGCCAACAAUAACUCCUACAUCGGCUUCUACCGCAUGGUACACGACUCCAAGUUCCCCGGCGAUGACGUCCCGCCAUUGCCUCACUCAUCUACAUGGUUCGACCACAUGGAAGAUACGAAUACGCGAUCGGGGGCAUCUACACGUACACGCAACCAGAACCGUCGCGCCUCGCCCGCCGGCUCCGACGAUGACAUUGCCAUUGAGCGCGAGCGCAUCUCGCUCAAAUGCCCAUUGACUCUCACACCUUACCAGGAUCCUGUUACCAGUACAAAAUGUCCCCACAGUUUCGAGCGCGAGGCCAUUAUGGACAUGAUCAGCCGCAGUCCGACGACUAUUGCGCCCCCGGCAUCUCGUCGGGGACAGCGCCGCGUCCAUGUGGUCAAAUGUCCUGUUUGUUCUAUUCCGCUGACUGCGGACGAUCUGCGCCCAGAUCCGGUUCUACUACGACGUGUUCGCCGCGCCCAAGAGCUCCAGGAGCGCGAGGAAGAAGAUGAUCACCUUGAAGGGGAUGGCAGAAAGCAGAAGGAUCGAAGUACCGGCAUUACCUUAGGUAGUGACGUGGAAAGCGAUGAUGAUGCUAUGGAUGUUGAUGCCCACCCUCCCUCACAGCGCAUCAAAAUGGAGCCGCUCAGUCAGGCUGCUCGGGCCGCUCAAUCUGAUGAAGAGUCUAGCGAAGAUGCGGAGAGUCAAGAUGGUGAGGUUGAGGAUGUGGAGAAUGUAGAAGGGGAGAAUGAAGAAGAGGAGAUUGAACAAGAACAAAAUGAAGAGGAGGAAAUUGAGGAACCUGACAACGAAGAAGAAGAGAUGCAAGACAUGGAGAUCGACGAACUGGACAACGAACUAGCGGAGAACGAAGUGGAGAUUGAGGAGCCGGAGAACGAAGAAGUGGAGACCGAACAAGUUGAGAUUGAACAAGAGCAGAAUGAAGAGGUGGAAACCGACGAAUCGGAAAACGAAGCCGAUCAAAAUGAAGGAGUGAAUGAGGAAGUGCCUAUCAAUGAAAGGCAGAAUGAGGAAGAGCAGAAUGAAGAAAGUCAAACUGAAAUGGAGAACGGGGAUGUGGAAGAUGAAGAUGCGGCGAGCGAGGAGGAGCAGAAUGAUGCUACGAAUCCUCACAAGGAUGUACAAGCGGAUGUGCAGAGUGGGAAAGGGAAAGAUAACAGCGAGGACAGUGACAGUGAGACCGAAGACACUGAAGACAGCGAUAGUGAUAUUGAACCCAAAGUUGAGAGUGGGUCCGAUGAGGAAGUGGAGGGAGAAAGCCAAGAGAGUGAUUGA